UACAAGCCAGAACGCCCAGAGUCAACAGUCAACAUGGAGGUUGCUCGCGACUCUGUCGCCGCCAUCCUUGCCCAUUUUGACCUCUCUCCUGGUGUCUUCCCUUUCACCGACGGAUGCUGCGAGGAAAUUGAGAGCCGGCGCGACCUGCUUGGUGAACUGCUCUUAUUCGACAUUCUCCUUCGGUCGGGGAACAUUCGUGAUUUACCUGGGACGCUUUACCCACCCCGCGACAUCGACACCUUUCACCUCCUCCUCGAGAAAAUUACACUCUCCUCCUAUGACCGGCUCAAGCAGGACUGCCUUGUCUAUUUCCUGCUGAAAUGGUACCGUGAUGGGCGGGAAGAACGCUUCAAGACGGAGCGUUGUAUUCCACCUCACUUUGCAGCUCUGUCAGACGCGUAUUGGAAUCUAGAUGCGGGGGUCAACGUUCCACAAGCCGUGUCCACACUGGCCGACUCGCGUUUGAACACCGACUACGCCUCGAAAAUCUUACAAGCUAUAUCCUUGGCGGAAAAUCCCAUGCCAUUAAUUCUGAAAUAUGUCAGAACUGCGAAACCUCUUCUCAUUGAGCCUGAUGACAUCGACCUCUACACUCUUGCGCUCGCCGAAUCAAAUCUUUCUGAAGCAUGGCGCUUCCAACGAACCUUCAAUGAGCAAAACCCCACUCGCUCUCGUCUUGUGGAGAAAAUAAUUGAUUGGUCGCUGAAUCCCCCACGUCGAAACGCUCUUCAACAACUUCUGGGAAUUGCCCUUUCCCCCUUUGAGCAAAAUAUCGUGGAAAAAUACGCGACUCCGCCGUCCACGACGCUCUCCCCAACUGGCAUUGCCACGCUCCAAAAUUUGCUUUGCGUUCGCCUCGUCCAGACUGGACUGUUUGCAGACGCAAUCAAACUCGACAGGAGAUUUUCCGGUGCAUCAAGUGCAAAUCUACCACUGCAGAAAGAGCGCACGAAGAUGAUGGACGAAGUUUACGCUGCUUUGCCACUCGCAGAACGGACGAUGUUGGAUGUGGAGUUGGCAACUCCACCUACAAAGCAAAAUAUACCGACUAAUGGUACUCGUUCAAAUCGAGAGAUGGACACGAGCAUGUCGUGGGAGGACCUACGCGACUCCCGGCCAUCUAUCAUGCAAGCAACUCCGCAGAAGCAACCAUUAUUUGCUUCCCUCAAUGGCAAGCUGCAAGACACGCCCAAAUUCGCUGGAUUUGGAAUCCCUGUCAAUCAUACUCCGAGCACCUUCCCGCUGGUGGCCUCGACUUCCGUUUCAAAACCUGUCGUUCCUCCAAUUAGCUCUAACACGCCGCAAAAUGCCUUCUCAUCACUCACACAAUCUACUAUGAGACCCAUAGGCCCUCCCUCUCGCACAAGCCCACCGAAAACUCUCUUCGAGUCUGCCAACCGGAGGCAGAAUGCAUUCUACCGUCCUCCUGUCGCGACCCCAGCAUCGACAUCGGUGUUUCGUGAUAGUAAAGUGGCAGAUAAUGGGAUACCUCCCUUGUCAAUACCGCAGAACAUCGACAUUGAAAUGGCUGAUCAGAGUGUUGUUGGUGUUGAGCCGGCAGUUGCUGAAUCAGUAUCUGUGGUUGACCCCGACGAUGAAGAGCUGGCAGAGGAGGAAGAAGGAGAAGAUGCAGAUGCAAGCCUUGCAUAUUCCGUAUUCUCAAGCAAACCAUUAGCGCGACCUAAACAAACAGCGCCAACGGCUAAUAAACGAUCUCGACAAUCCAAAACAGCGCCAAAACGACCUAAAAGGCGGCCACCAGGGGCGUUCACGAGCGAUGACGACCAUGAAGAGGUGGCUGCUGACCUGCCAGCGCAGCCACCUCCACCAGCAAGGCAAACACGUAAAUCUACCAAGAGCACUGCGGCAUAUGAACCAGAACAGCCCCCGAUAAAAAGCACGCGGCGACGGGCAAAAGAGAAGAAGGACCAGGGACAUCGGUUGAGUCGGACGUUGCCUGGUUCACUCAUGGCGUCCGAAGAUGAUGAGGAUGAUGGGUCAGAAGAGCAAACAGAGGAAGCGGACAGUGUGGGUCCUCUUCCCCCAAGAGCUGAGGCUUCUUCCACGGCCAGCAACGGGCCGGGAAUGCAAACGAGAAGGCGGUCGUCGCGGCUGAGCUCUGUCGAGUCAGCCUCGGCAAGUGUCAAAGCCUCUCGAACGAAAUCGGCGUCGACAGGUCGGAAGCGACGGACCGAUUCGUAG